AUGAGGGUAGCUUUGGAGAGGGAAUUGGGUAAGGAUACCCUAAAAUGUAAGGAGGUUGUAGAGCUUAUAGAAGUUGUUGGGUUGAUUAAGACUGUCACAAAAUUUGGUCCUUGCUAUGAAAAUCUAGUCAAGGAGUUUGUGGUGACUAUUCCUGAUAGGUGUGAUGAUGUGAAAAGUGCAGACUAUAGGAAGGUGUAUGUUAGAGGAAAUGUCAUGACAUUUUCUCCAAUUGUGAUCAACAAAUUUCUGGGAAGAACAGAAGAACCUCAGGCUGAGAUAGAGGUUACAGAUGACCAAGUGUGCAAGGAGAUAACUACCAAGAUUGGGACUGUCAACUGGGUGCCUACUAAUCACACCUCAACCAUCUCUAAUGGACUUGGGAAGUUUAUUUAUGCUAUUGGGACAAGAAGAGCGUUUGACUUUGGGAAGUACAUCUUUGAACAUGUUUUGAAACAAGCCUUUUCAAAUUCUGCGAAAAUGCUUAUCUGCUUUCCAUCUCUCAUAUAUGGAAUAAUCCUAAACCAACAUCCUGGUAUCUUACUGCUUAUUGAUAGUAUGAAGAAAAAGGAUUAUCCUUUAUCCCUCGACUACAAACUUUUUGCUGGAACACAUGUCCCAAGUAUUGUCAUAACAUCUUCCCAAGUACCUGGCUCUGCCACCUUCAAGAAGAGUUUUAUUGCACAACUUAAGGAGACUUGUAAAGAGUUGGAGGAUUCCAUCAGGUCUAGCAUUGUUACAAAAAUCAAACUUGAAAACUUGAUGAAGGUUUUGAUGGAAGAAGAGAAGAUUGAAGUUGAACAUGGUGGUGAUGACAAUGGAGGAACUGAUGUUGAGGACUCUGCUGGUGGCAAUGAUGCCGAGACUGAUGAAGAGAAAGAAGCUGAAGGAAAGUUGUAUGCCACUGUUGACUCAAAUGGUUAG